AUGUCUUCUCCUUCUGCACUACCAAUCGGAAGGCCCAUCACAUUUAUCGCUGGUCACUUUGCAGGAAAGACCUUGCGCGUACAGCUCGUUGAGCUACAGAAGGCCGAUACUGGACGCAAGUUUGGGUCGAAAGACAGGAGACCACUGGACCCGCCACCUGUAGUGACCAUGCAGGUGUUCGAAGUCAUGAACCCGGGGACACCGAGGGAGGAAGAGCGACAGUUGCAGAACCUGACCGAAACGGCCAGCUAUGGUUUCCUCUGCUUCGUAGACCUGUUCUAUGCCCGGGACCAAGAGCCUCUGUCUCCUGCGAAGAACAAUAUGGUUGGUCCUGGACCGUUCGCGUCGGGAUCGUCGCCAUCAUUGCAGGUACAAUUCACAGAGCCAGGCCACGUCCGUGUACCAAGGGCAAACGUCGCCCGUCCCACGUAUCCCCGUGCAACGGUGCCUAUGGUUAGCUCGAUGAUCGCUGGGCGACGGGGCGCAGUUCGUCCGCCACGUGCCGGGCAAAUGCCGGUAGGCGCUGCUACGUUCGCAGGACCCGCUAUUACUGGGCCUGAGCCAGCGACAAUCGUUAAUCCGAAUUCGCCAACCGCAAAGAGUGAGCCUUGCACUGCACUCCUCAACGGUACAUCAAUCGUUUCUUCUACUUCUGUCGAGUAUGCGAACAGUGUGUCUCUGAUGUUCAUCUUCAACGACCUGGCCGUCCAUGAGGAGGGACUGUUCCGUCUCCGCUACAGGGCGUUCAACACAUUCAACGUCGCGCUUGGAGCAGCGCCGAUGCCCGUUUUGGCAGAGUGCCAUGGUGGCCCCUUCAGAGUCUACAACACGAAAGAAUUCCCCGGCUUGCGCGUGGCGACUGACCUGACCAAACAAAUCUCACUGGCGGGCGUGAGAGUCAAUGCUCGCGAAACCGAGCGGAAGCGGCGCAGGACUUCUGGUGGUAGCAGUACGUUGGCGGUUCUUGCGCCUGCACCUGAGCCCGUUGUACAGGAGCCGGAGCCUUCUUUCGCAGACGGACAUUGGAGUUCAUACCCAUUCUCGUGGCCUGCUGGAGCCUGA